AUGGCGGAGCUGUGCUGGUGUCUGAGGAGAAUCGGGGGAACCCAGGAGCGGCUAAUACUGCCUGAGGGGGAAGAGGUGACUGUGGGAAGAGGAGUUGGUGUCACCUACCAGCUGGUCUCUACAUCAUGCCCUCUAAUGAUUUCCCGCACACACUGCAUCUUCCGGCAGAACGCACAGGGCCAUUGGACGGCCACUGAUAAUGGUAGCCUGAAUGGAGUAUGGGUGAACAAGGAGAGACUGGAUCCAAACAAACCUUGCGUGCUAACCAAGGGAUCCCCUAUCCAGUUCGGAGUACCUCUUCCAAAUACAGACAAACCUGAGUUUGAGUAUGUACUGGUCCAGGAGAACCGGGAGAAAGUCCGACCUUUUCUGGUCAGCAAGAGCAAACCUCCACGAAACAAGCGCAAACUGAACUGUGAAGAUUCGGAGACCUCUGGAACGGAGGUAGGUACCUCCAGCAUGUCCAGAGCGAAGCUUCCACGAAGAGAAGAACAGCUUGCAAAAUUGCCAAAGCCUGACCUGUCUAAGCAGCCGACGAUACCCGUGGAGCAGCCAGAAUCAGACUUGGACAUCAUGGCAGCUACCCAGCAGCAAUGCAUGAACACUGUGCAGCUGUCUACGAUGAGGGAUUCUAUAGAGGAGCUGCGCAGUCUGAACGCUCAGGUCCAGGAGAAACGCAAGGACGUGCGAAACAUGAAAGAUCCACAUCAGAGCUCGUCAGAGGAUACCCACUGUCUGCUGAAAUGCAAGCAGGAGCUUGUCGAUCUCAGGAACCAGAUGGUCGUCAAGAGAAGAGAACAUCUACAGAAGGUCAAUGCGGUGCAGAGGAUGCAAGAGGAGCAGCAGAGCAAAAACUCAUCAGCCGAGUCCAAGGUUGCCGAAGAGGCCCAUCUGAAGGAGCAGCUCAGCCAACUUCUGCAAGAGCAUUCCCUGCUCAUGGAAGAGCUGAAUCGCCACCAUUCGGAUUUCGAGCAGAUUAUUCAGGACAAGAACCGAGAACUGCAGGAAACAAAGAAGGAAAAGGAGAAGGUGGAGGCACAGAAGGAGGAAGUCCUCAAUCAUAUGAAUGACGUCCUGGACAACGAACUGCAAUGCAUCAUCUGUUCUGAGAAUUUCAUAGAGGCUGUCACCCUCAACUGUGCGCACCCCCAGCUUCUGUUUCUUCUGCAUCCAGUCAUGGCGGGAAGCGGAAAGGACGAGUGCCCCAUCUGCCGGCAGGAGAUAAAGUCUCAGACUCGAUCCCUCGUCCUGGACAACUGCAUCAACCCGAAUGGUGGACAAACUGAGCCAAGAGAUGAAGGACAGAAGGAUGGCUCUGAUCUUAGAGCGCAAAGGUGAGAGAUCUGGUACAGUCAGCAGCUCCAAUCCCCACACCCACAGAAAGUGA